AUGAAUACUGCAAAGAAGGACGAAGAUUCAGGCGACCUGGGUAUUUUUUAUCACCUGGACAAGACGACCGUCCUCCAAGAAGCCAGAGUAUUCAACGAUUCCCCAAUUAGUCCCCGUAAAUGUCGCCUACUACUUACAAAAAUCGUUUAUCUGCUCCACCUCGGCGAAACUAUGGCUACACAAGAAGCGACAGAGUUAUUUUUUAGUGUUACAAAAUUGUUUCAAUCGAAAGAUAUUGCAUUGAGACAAAUGGUUUAUUUGGUGAUUAAAGAAUUAUCGACUGUAGCAGAAGAUGUGAUUAUGGUUACGAGCAGCUUGAUGAAAGAUAUGCAGCCGAAAAGUGAACUCACAUAUCGGGCGAAUGCGAUUAGAGCGUUGUGUAAAAUUAUAGAUGCCUCAAUGCUCCCGAGUGUCGAGCGCUUCUUGAAAGCUGCGAUAGUAGAUAAAACACCUUCAAUCUCCUCUGCCGCAUUAGUUUCAUCUUAUCAUCUUUUCCCCGCUGGGAAAGAAGUAAUAAAACGCUGGGCCAAUGAAGUGCACGAAGCCAUUAAUUGUAAACCACCCUCUCUCACGUCCAGUGCAUCGUCUUACUUGACAUCUUUCUCUAGCAAUACAUCCUCGUAUGGCAAUACCGUGUCUACAAGCAACAUUAGCCAGUAUCAUGCACUAGGGUUGUUAUAUUUAAUAAGACAACAUGAUAGGAUGGCCGUGACAAAGCUGAUACAGCAAUUGGCGGGAACUGGAAGAAAUAGUUAUGGAGGAGGAAGCGUUUUGAGGAGUUCGUUCGCUUACUGUUUGUUGAUAAGAUUUGCUGCCAAGAUCUUGGACGAGGACCCGAAUUCCCGUCAGCCAAUGUAUGAGUUACUCGAGGGUUGGCUACGACAUAAGAGCGAUAUUGUUAACUUUGAGGCUGCAAAGGCUAUUUGUAAUAUCAAAAAUACAACAAGAAAAGAGCUGAAUCCUGCAAUUAGCGUUCUUCAACUAUUCCUGUCAUCUCCAAAGCCAACACUCCGCUUUGCGGCAAUUCGAACAUUAAACAAACUAGCAAUGACUCAGCCAGCUGCUGUUCAGCCAUGCAAUGUGGACAUGGAAAAUCUGAUCACGGAUCAAAAUAGAAGUGUUGCGACCUUUGCAAUCACGACACUUCUCAAGACCGGUAAUGAAGCUAGUGUUGACCGCUUGAUGAAACAAAUAUCUGGCUUCAUGUCCGAGAUAUCUGAUGAAUUCAAAGUCAUUGUUGUUGACGCCAUCCGCUCAUUAUGCCUCAAAUUCCCUUCGAAACAGGCUGUGAUGCUCAGUUUCUUAAGUGGUGUGUUGAGAGAUGAGGGAGGAUAUGAAUUCAAGCGAGCUGUUGUUGAAGCAAUAUUUGACUUGGUUAAAUAUAUUCCCGAAUGCAAAGAAGCUGCUCUGGCCCAUUUAUGCGAAUUCAUCGAGGACUGUGAAUUUACAAAACUUUCUGUCCGUGUAUUGCAUCUCCUCGGAGUUGAAGGUCCAAAGACGAGUACCCCCACCAAAUAUAUUAGAUACAUAUAUAAUCGGGUUAUUCUUGAGAAUUCGAUAGUGAGAGCUGCUGCUAUUAGUGCGCUGGCCAAGUUUGGCGUUAGCGUUCCUGAUGCUGCAGUCAAGAAGAGUAUCAAAGUAUUAAUUACAAGGUGCUUGGAUGAUAAUGACGAUGAGGUGCGUGACAGAGCAACGUUCUUCUUGAAGAUCAUGGAAGAUGGAGAAAACGCUGAGAAAUACAUCAAAGAUGAUGCAACUUACUCCCUCGGAGUCUUGGAACGACAACUAGUCCAAUACGUUUCAUCUCCAGACUCAACAAGUAAACCGUUCGAUAUUUCAUCAGUUCCUCUAAUCACCAAAGCCCAAGCUGAGGCCGAAUCUCUCAGAGAACGUUCUACAGACCUUGCUUCUGUUCAAACCAUUGGUACAACAACAUCUGUCCUACCUGGCCCGACCGUUACGCCCACAGUUGCAGCUGAUAGAAAUGUAACACCUACACCAAAUGUCGACCAGCAGCAACUAUAUGCGCAGCAGUUGGAGAAGGUUCCGGAGAUUGCUGCAUUUGGACACUUGUUUAAUAGUAGUACGAAGCCUGUCGAAUUGACUGAAAGUGAGACCGAAUAUGUGGUUGGAUGUGUUAAGCAUAUGUUUAACGAGCACGUUAUAUUCCAGUUCAACAUAAACAAUACACUUAAUGAUAAAGUGCUUGAGAAUGUCUCGGUUGGCAUGACACCCGAGUCUGAAGACGGUUCAUUGGAAGAAUUGUUUACUAUUUCAGCAGCAAAGAUACCAUAUGAUCAAACAGUAUCUGUCUAUGUAGCCUUUAAGAAAUUGGAUACUAGUGAACCUAUACUUGCUACAUUCUCCAACACUCUGAAGUUUAUUAUCAAAGACGUUGAAGAUGUUGAAUUGGUGACUGGUGAUUAUGUCCUACCAACAUAUGUGAGCGAUUUCCAAUCAGCCUGGGAUAAAUUAGGUGAAGACGGACAAGUGGUCGAGACAUUUGCAUUAACUGCCAUGAGUAGCCUAAGAGCUGCAUGUACAGAAAUAAUCGAUCUCUUGGGAAUGAGUCCAGUUGAAAAUACUGGAACGCCGCAAUCAAACAGUGUUCAUACUCUCUUACUCUCCGGAACUUUUCUGGGUGGAGUAAAAGUGUUAGCAAAGGGCAGAAUGUCAUUUGCUUCUAGCACGGGAGUCACAAUGGAAUUAUCCGUACGGUCCUCGGAUGAAAAAAUUAGUCAAGUCGUUAUCAGGUCUAUCGCAUAG